AUGCCACCAAAAAAAGAUAAAGAACAUGCUGCGAAGAAACCCGUCAAAACUGAGAGACAAAAAAAAGCGGAAGCUGAAAUGAUGAAAACACUUAUUACUCAAUAUAAUGGUGUUCUAACAUCCGAUGAAUUAAAAGCAAUGAAAGAAGUGUUUGAUAAAUAUGAUACAAAAAGUCAAGGUAUUAUUAAAACUAGUUUACUUGGUAAAAUUCUUCGUACACUUGGUUUUAAUCCACUUGAAAGUGAUAUUCAACGAGUAACAAAAGAAAUUGAUCCACAAAAAACUGAUCAAUUAAAAUUUCCUGAAUAUGUUAGCGCAUUUAUAAAUAUUCCAACAUCUGUAACUGAUAAAGAUAUUAUUCCUGCUUUUCAAAUAUUUGAUACAGAAAAAUCUGGUUUAUUAGAAGCUGAUGAAAUGAUGAAAAAAUUAACAAAUAUUGGCGAACAACUCAAUGAAAUUGAAGCAAAAACAUUUCAAGAUAAUAUGAAUAUUAAUGAACAAGGUUUAUUCAAUUAUAAUGAUUUUUUUCUUAAAUUUACUCAACCAGAAAAACCUAAAAAAAAGAAAAAAGGCAAAAAAAAGAAGACGAAAUCAAAAUAA